AUGUGUAUAGGUAAAAAAAUUAUUUUUAAUAAUACUGAUUCACCAAGCACAUUAUUAUGUACCUCACGUCUUACUGGAUCUCCAACUCACAUAUGUUCCAGUGAUAAUUUUUUACCAGCAUUAAUGUAUGUUAUGGUAAGAGCAAGAUUACCACAUUUAGGUGCUGAAAUACGUUUUAUUGCUGAUUUUUGUCCUCAAAUUCAAGGAUCAGGAAGAGUAGACAUGAUGUUUACAAUGCUUAAAUCAGCUUAUUAUCAAAUAUGUCGUGAAAGACAUACUAAUUAA